AUGCAAAGAAAAGAAUCCUCCUCAAUAAAAAACCUUAUAAUACACAGUGCAUUAUUAGAGCUGUACUACAAACAGAAAAAGCCCCAGGACUUAAGUGGGAUUCUAAAGAAAAUCCAUGUUCUCAAUCGAUUCACACUGAUAGAAGUGAUAUGUGCAAAGAUAUACAGCAACAUGGUAAUUGCGCACCUUCCGCAGUAUACAAGCAUAGAAGUAUUCUUUACUUCCUGUAUAAUCUUUAAAAAGUACUGGAGUGACUUCUCUUUAAAGAACAUAGAAGAGAUAGACACAGAAAUAAUAGAUAUAAAGAAAAUGAAUCGAGUAGAAAUGGCCAUACUUAGACAGAUCAAUUACACCAUACACAUAACUACAGAGCAAAUCCAGAAAGAAAUAGAAGCAGAACAGAGCGUAGACAUUAAUUACCAAGAGGCCAUGUCUAGCAUGUCAUUCUAUGCAAUAAAAUCAGGUGAAUAACGGGAUAAUUCACAACAAAAAAUCUGUCACAUUAAUAAACU